CACCACAUGGAAUAUCUAUAUUCACACUUCAUUGGUAGAGUUCUUUAAAUAUAAAUGACUAGUCAGCAUGCAUGCAACAAUGGGCCGGAAUUUCUAAACUACUGUAUCUGUCAAAACAGGAAAUUGCACUCUUGUGUGCGUCUUCACUUUGCAUUUUCGAUGAGUUAAGCAUAUUUUUUUCUAUAUAUUUCUGUUUUCCUUUACGUUGUGUAAUGAGUGAGCUAAUCCUCUCAAGAAUGUUCAUUAUAUCAGUGGCAUGCUUUCUCCUGUUGGGGUCUGAUGUAACAGGUGUUCUUUAUGUCAACACUACCGUUGGUGAAUCUACAGUACUCCCAUGUAACCUGAUGCUCCCCGCUACCACUGACUUAAAGCAUCUACGCUUUUACUGGCAAGAUGAAAGAGAGCAAGUUUUGUACUCUUUUAAUGAAGGGAAGGAGAUGCCUGAGCAUGUAAAUAAACUCUAUCGAGACCGGAUCACAGCCUUCCCACAGGACAUGACAGGCGGAAAUAUUUCAGUCAAAUUUGAAUACCCAACACUAGAAGAUAACCACAGGGUUUUUCGCGUUUUUGGAGCAGUUUUUGACAGCAGAGGGACGAAGAGAUUCAUAAUUGGACAUAGUGAAAUCUGCCAACUGACCUUACAUGUUGCAGUUCCCUACGAGCAUAUCAGCCUGACUGUAAAUGAAGAAACAAUGACUGCGGUCUGCACUACAAGAAGAGGAUUCCCCGAGCCUUUGGUAGAGUGGAGACUUCAGAACCAUUCUGACAACACCCAACACCUCUUAGACCCGCAGGAUGUGAACACCACAGCAGCACCGGACCCUCAAGAUCAUCUCUACAGUCUCACAAGCACCAUAGUUAUCCCUGGAGGUCCAUAUCAAUCUGUGGCCUGCCUCGUCCACAACCCUACCCUAAAUGUGACUCUGAUCGCCACCCACGUAUUAAACAAAGAUGUUAAAAGGUACUUAGAGCUCAUGGGGGCAAAGUCCUGGGAUGCACUACAUCGUCGCCCCUCCUCCCUUUCUACACUGGACCGUUGGAGCCCCUUUGUCCCUGGUUCCCAUGUCUCUGCUGGGAUUAAUCCCUGAACCACAGGUGUGAUAAUCCCAAACAGAAUGGCGCUGCUGAACACAGGGACUGACAGUGCUCAGGCCCCAGUCUGCUUUGAUCAGAGGGCCAACAGCUGUGUUCCUGUCCGUCCACAAACUGAGUCUAGGACCUGCCUUCAGAGUGACGGGGGGACGAAACAAAGCACACUUGUUCUACUGAGGCUGAGGAUGCUGUUUGGUAGACAGACUGUAAUGUAGUGCAAAGUGUUAGAGGUGUUUGAAAAAUCCCAUGACCACAGGUUUCCUGUUUCUAUGACAUGUGCGUCACCAAACCACAAUGACUUCCAACUUCCACUUUGCUGGUGCUUUAGUGUUCCUCUGCCGACAUUGAUUUGUACGUAUCUUGAUAUAAAAACACCUAGUAAAGAAGAAGAAAGAGAAGAAGAAAAUACCUAGUUCUUUGACCUCUUGAAACACAAAUAUCGUAAUGCCUUCAACACCAACAAACACUAAUAAUGCUUUUAUCUUCAGAUAAAUGAUCUUUUGCCUAACACAAUCUUGCCAUUUGACAUGACUAUAGUCAACCUUUACAUCGGGGCAAAGCAAACAAGGCCAGCCUGACUGACAAUCCAGCAAAGCAAAUUAAGUGUAAUAAAAAAAUAAAGAAGGAAGUCACAUCAUUGCACACAUUAUUGGGUAUAGUUCCUCUUGCUCAGAUUCUUCAGAAAGUUUCUCUUCCUCUGUCUUUAGAGCAGAUUAUUUCUGACAUUUGGCUACUGUGCUGAUGUUUACUGCCCUGCAAAGGCAAAACGCCGUAAUAUCAUGUUUGGGCAAAAAUGAGUUUAUACCAGUUUUGGGGUAUUUGAGACCUCCUUUAUUAUGUGAAUAAAUAUAGUGAGUCAAUUUGAUUGUUUUAACGAGAAAAUAAAGGGCUAUGACAACCGUAACAUCCAAAACCAUACGAGAAACCACAGCAGAACGCCAUAACAGCUGUUACGGCUCUUCACUCUAAGGAGCUCUUGGUACGCUGAAGUUGAGUUCAGGUGUUCUGACUUUGUUUAGCCAGGCAUUAAGAGAGAUGUUACUGUGCCGCCGUGAUGUUACUGUACUCUGGCCUUGUCAUACUGUCAAAGUUUGCCGCUUUUAAUUGUCACCAAACCACGUAACAUACACACGACAUAUCUUUCAAAUAAAGUGGUGAUGAUUCCUAUUCUGUCAGUGUCAGUGACAGCCCGGAGCUAGCUAACUUUAUCACGUAGCGCUAACGGUGAUGCUGACACACCUCCUCACUUGGCGGAGCCUCACAUCAGACGCCGAAAACGAAUCAUUAAAUACACAGGCAUACUUCCUUUCCAUGCAAUCCGAUUUAAUCCAUGGAAGAUAUAAUCCAUAGCAAAGCACGUCAUCUGCUGUAUCCACAACAAUCCAUACGUGUUUGAGCCAUAUUUCCUUCUUGCAGGUGUUCAUGUCAAAUCUUACACAAAUCCAUAAAAGCACUAAGCUAGUUAUUGCUAACAUCCGUACAACGUAUACUAACCUAAAUGUUAUCUCAGAAUUAAAAAGUAGUAAUCCAAGUCGAGUUCGUUGACUGUGCAUCUUGAGCAGUUUGGUGACCCUUAACCCUUAACCAGGGGCGAUUCUAGGAUCAGACCUUUAGGGGGGCUCAGCCCCUAAUGAGAAUAUGACACAGA